AUGGCCCCGGGCCAGGUCCCGCCGCCGAUUCCGCCGUUCCCGCAGCUGGAGGAGGCGAGCGCGGCGAGGGGCCUGCGGGCCGUCGCGGCGGAGUUCGUGCCGACGGGAGGCGUGGCGGCCACCGAGGACCAGCCCGCCGACGCCUGCGCGCUCGACCCGGGCUCCUUCGCGGCGGCCGCCUGCGGGGCGGCCGGCACGAGCUGGUGGCCCGGCCCGGGAGGCGACGCGGUGUGGCUGGACGACGCCUUCGGCCUGGAGGGCCCCUACCUGUGGGACUACUGCCCCGGCGCCGGCGCCGCCCCGUGGCCCGCGGGCGCGACGGGCCCGGAGGUGCUGGAGGAGUCUAGCACGGAGAGGGAGUCAUCUUCGCCGCCGAAUCCACGGAACUACAAGACGGCGCCCUGCUGGCACUUCGGCCGCGGCAGGUGCGCCAUGGGCGAGCGCUGCCGCUUCGCGCACGGCCCCGCCGAGCUGCGCAAGCUGGACUCGGGCGUCUCCCGCGGCAAGCGGCAGAAGGCGCCGGCCAGGGCCUCGGGCCAGGAUCCGUCGGAGGACAUCCUGACCAUGUGCGGCGCGUGGGGGGCGCUGACCAAGCGAAAGCCUGGAGUCCUGGAGAGCACGCUCCUCCUGGACGUCGGCUUCUACCAGCAGCCGCUGCCGCGCCCGCCAGCUACCGGCCCCUCGUCCGCCGCGACGCGGCGCCUCGGGAGCCGGGGCUCCCGCGCUGCGCGGCCGUCGGGGCGUGCGCGGAGGACUCCGGGGCCCCGCGCGCCUGAGCCCUCCCCCCCCGCGCGGCUCGGCGCGCGCCGCGCCUGCUCGCGCCUCUGCCUUCCCUCCUUCGCGCGGCCUCCGCCUCGUCCUCGUCCUCAGCCUCCUCCGUGGGUGACCCACCGCCUCUUCCAUGUGCACGGGCCUCCAAGCGCGCCGGCGACGCCAGCAGGGUUGAAUGCUCAGGCCAUGUACGUUAGCGUAGGCAGUGCACGUGGGCAGUAA